AUGGGCGCGGCGACAGCUAACAGCACGCUCAGGUAUGGAUUAACCGUAGAGACACCGAGGUCACCGUCCUACGACACGACAUUGCUAUGGCGAAGGGAUUUAGCCAAGCGGUUACGGCGUCGUUCCAGACCCACGCCGAUCCCAGCUAGACAUCCCAAGGCUGCCGUCAUAGACAGAACUACCGAGAAACGAAAGUCGCUGCAGGAAACUACCAAGGAGGUAAAUAAACCAAUUAUUAAAGCUCAGUCCGUCAGAUCACAUGCGAGCAGUCGCACUGUGAUAGAAGCGCAGCUGUCUCAGGCGGAGCUCGAGGCCAGCGAACGGCUAGCGGAGAUAUCCCGGAGGGAGUUGCAGCUAGAAGCGGACAUGGUACGUAAACGGCUAGACGCCAGAAAACUGCAGAUCCGCGCUAAUGCGGAUAGCGCAGACGAGCACGAAUCUGCUGGUAGCGUGCGGAAUUCGAAUCAAGAUCGAUUAGACGAAUGGCUAGAGAACUCGCGAGACGCGACGUCAAAACCCAUUUGUAAGAGGUUAACCGACGAACCUCUACCCAAGUACGAGACUCCGAGACGACCUGCGCAGGCGGAGCGGCAUAUUCGAGGCCUCUCACCGGACCGCCAGAAAGUGACGUACGCGACACGUCAAGCCACAACAUCCCGUUCGACGACGUGCCUGUUCUGCGGUGGCGGUCACCUGACGCCGGACUGCCGCAAGUUAGCCGCCCAAUCCGUGGGCGCUAGAUGGGAGUGGGCGAAAUUAAAUCGUAUAUGCUAUCGCUGUAUCGACGCGAAGCAUAUGAAAACACAAUGCAAGGCCAAAGCGUGCGGCGUUGCAGGUUGUCCUCACGUACACCAUCGACUGCUUCAUGCGGACUCGCCGCAGGAAGUGCGUGAGGAUACGGCUAUGGUGCUAACACAAGAAAUCAGGUCAGUACCUACAUCGUCAGCAGUGACGUCAUCGGCCGAGCCAGCGGACACGACGGAGCCGCGAGCUGCGGACGACGAGAACGACGCCCGCGUGUACGUGUCGUCAACACCGGACUACAGCGUGCUGCUAAAGAGCCUGCUGGGGAUACUACUUCGAUUCCGUGAGUGGGAAUUCGCCGUCACCGCGGACAUACAGGAAAUGUUCCUUCAAAUACAGCUGCGAAGAGAGGAUCGGCAUAGUCAGCUCUUCAUCUGGAGGGGAUCGCGGCGUGACGUGACACCGUGGACGUACCAGCUAAACCGGGUAUGUUUCGGUAACAUCUCUUCUCCUUUUCUCGCACACUCGGUGCGGAAUAGGAAUGCGACGGACAACAAGGAUCGCUAUCCGGACGCGGUCUACGAUAUCCAUAAUAAUCACUACAUGGACGAUUAUGUGGCAUCAUAUGAGACAGAACGGGAACUCAUAUCAACAGCGACACAGGUGAGACUAGCACACGCGGAGGCUAGCUUUCGGCUGCGCAGCUACGCUAGCAACAGCGAGUUGUUAAUGCGAAACAUCGAUCCGGAGGAGCGAGCGACGGGACCUUCUCAUCUCGGAGAAAAGCAACAGACCGUCCUCGGAAUGACGUGGGACCCAGAGACGGAUACGCUGGGGUACAACACGAAAAUGCUACGAGUGCCAGACGACGUGAAAAGGUACGAGCGAUCGCCCACUAAAAGGGAACUUUUGAGUGCCGUAAUGUCAGUUUACGACCCAUUAGGCCUCAUAGCGCAGUAUAUGAUAAGCGCUAAGAUCGUAUUCCAACGUGUGUGGACAAAGGGCACGGACUGGGACGAGCGGCUGCCGGCGGAGGAAGCGGAGGACUUUUUCCGGUGGCUGAGGGCACUGAGCGACGUGUCCGCGCUGCGAAUACCCCGACGAUACGCCACGCCCACCGGUGCAGUUAGAAGAGAACUGCAUAUUUUCAGUGAUGCAUCGACCGAGGCCUACAGCGCGGCGGCCUAUUGGCGAGUAUCGAACGACGAGGAGGAAACGCAAGUGAGCUUAGCUAUAGCGAAAAGCCGAGUUUGCCCGCUAAAGGUAAUGACAGUUCCCAGGCUCGAAUUAACCGCAGCAGUCGUCGGCGUGCGGCUGGCGGAGACAAUUUUACGCGAGCAGCGUUAUCCUGUGACAAAGGUGACGUAUUGGACAGAUUCCAUGGUUGUUCUCGGAUGGGUUCGCGAUGACGCGCGAAACUAUCGUCCGUACGUGUCACACCGACUUGCGGAGAUCGCCGAGAAAACAGAUAGAGACGCGUGGAGGUAUGUACCAACCGCUCAGAACCCCGCAGAUCGAGCGACGAGAUGUCAACCAGCGCAGAGCGUGCGCAUCGAGGACGAGUGGUACGAAGGACCGCGCUUUCUCUAUGGACCCGAGACAUCAUGGCCUAGUCACACAUCGAAUCGAACAGACGACCUGCCUGAGAGGAAGGCGAGGCCGUCAACCGCGACAUCACUGGCGAUCAUCUCAGCGAAGCCAGACCCUUCGAGCGUACUGCCAGACGUGAGACGGUUUAGCAGUUACGACAGACUGUUGAACGCGACAGCGAACGUCUUGCUAUUCAUCGAGAAAAUGAGAACGAAGAAUAAAGCCUUGCAGCUACAAGUCAGACAUUUGAGAAAGGCAGAACACAUGUGGUUGCAAUACAGUCAACGACGAAGCUUUCCCGAAGAGCUUCGAGCCUUAAGCCAGAAUAGGCUCAUCGAUCGCAAGUCGCGAUUAUACGACCUGGCACCCGAGCUAGGCGAUGACGGCGUGUUACGCAUGAAGACGAGGCUGGGCAGCGCUCCAGUAUUGUACACCGCGCUACAACCGAUAAUACUGGAUGGCCGCGAGCCGUUCACCCGUCUACUCAUCCUGCGAGCUCACCGACGAUCAGCGCACAUUCACAACGAAGCAGUAAUCAACGAACUGCGACAAGAAUAUUGGAUACUACAUCUGCGGCCGACCGUGAAGUCUGUAGCUCGAAACUGCGCGCUAUGCACACUACGACGAGCAACACCGAGAGCGCAGCCCUUAGGCGAUCUCCCGCCCGAGCGACUACAGGCGUAUCAACGUCCCUUCACUCACACCGCACAAGACUACAUGGGACCGAUGUUCGUCACGAUCGGACGGCGCAGAGAAAAACGCUGGGUGUGUCUAUACACGUGCCUAGUGACGCGCGCUAUUCACCUUGAAAGCGUGCACAGUCUUUCAACCGACAGCGCGCUACUAUCACUACGAAGAUUCGCCGCGAGAAGAGGAUGGCCCAGGACGAUGUACAGCGAUAACGCGACGUGCUUCAGGGCGGCGGCGACGGAACUACGUGAGGCGUACCGGCAAUGGCUGCCUGUACUGCAAACUUACGCCACUCAGAACCGAAUGGAGUGGAAAUUCAUCCCACCUGGCAAUCCUUCGGCCGGGGGCGCGUGGGAGCGAAUGAUAAGGACAGUUAAGAUAGCGAUGUCCUACACUUUCAACGAACGAGCACCGAAACCCGAAGUUUUCGAAACUCUACUCGCCGAGAUAGAGAAUAUCGUCAACCGACGACCACUUACGCAUGUCAACGUCGAUCCAGACUCCGAAGAAAGUUUGACUCCAGCACACUUUCUACUUCUUCAUAACGCUAACCUACCGAUGAUUGGCGUUUACGACGAGAACGAGAAGAAGCAAUGGAAGAUGGCCCAAGCGCUUGCCGACCACUUUUGGCGGCGCUGGACCAAAGAGUACUUUCCUCUACUGGCACCGAGGAAGUCGUCCCACGACGGAGGGCGGCAACUUCAACCAGGCGAUGUGGUCAUCGUCGCUGAACCCAAUGGUCCACGCAGCGUGUGGCCCCGAGGCGUCGUCGAGACUACCUACCCGGGACCCGAUGGACGGGUCCGCUCCGCUGACAUCAGAACGAGACACGGGACGCUACGCAGGCCCAGCUGCAGGCUGGCGGUCAUCGCGUCGCAACCCAUGCACCAGGAGUCUUCGACUGCGGGGACAAAAUGUUAG